AUGGAGCAGUCGGAAGACCGUUCUGGAGAAACCUUAGCAUGCGAAAUUAAUGCUACGUUUUUGGCCAUGGAGUACUCAGGUGGAAUAACCCUGACCGACAGACCCAUAGCGAGACCUCAAGAUACGAUUUUGGCCGGAUUCUAUGGCCUCCCUAAGGUGCACAAAGAGGGCGCUCCCCUCCGACCCGUCAUGACGCUCAGGGGUACUCCAAAGUACGGACUGAAUAAGUGGCCGUUCUGGCGUCUCAAGUUCCUGACUGCUGAGUCGGACACCACGGUCUCUUCGUCUGCACAAGUCAUGGAGAAACGUAAAGGGGUAAACCUCCCUCCAAAUGGGGUCACUGUAUCUUUGGAUGUUACAUCCCUUUCUACGUCUAUUUCCCAGGACCUGGCAAUUAAGGCAAUCGGGCUGCUUUUACAAAGCAAAUACAAUGAACCGAAGAAUUGUCUUGGACACGUCCAAGUCCUUCAACUCCUGAAGUUCUGUCUCAGGACGUACUUCACGUUCGACGGGACAAUCUACAAACGGGGGAAAGGCGAUCCAAUGGGUCCGCCGAUUCCGGUACCCAUCGCCGAGGCGGUCCUGCAAUGGUUAGUGUCGUAGGUCUUCCAAAACUGCAGACCGAAGUUCUGGUUCCGGUAUAUGGAUGACAACUUCGUAGUUAUCGACCGGGAUCAAUUACAGACAUUUAAUGAACUUCUCAGCGCUGUCAUCCCAGACGUCCAGUUUACAAUGGAAGAGGAAGAAAACAACCAGCUGGUCUUUCUGGAUGUCCUCGUUUACCCCGAAGACUGCGAUGUCCUAAAGACCUAA